AUAACUUCUUCGUGGUCAAAUUAUUAACAUAAUAAAUAUUUUAGUUUUAUUCUUUUUUUAAAAAAAAUAAAAAAAUAAAAACUACCAAACCAAGUUUCCUUACAAACCACGCUUCUUUUUCUCGUGAAAAACCACUAUUUAAGCAGUUGUGUUUCUCGUAACGCCAACUUUCAACCUUUCUACCCUUACCUUUGUUCUAUCCUCUUUGGCCAAAAAAACAAUACCAAUAAUACUCUAUUUUUUCUUAUUGUUCUGCUCCUAUCUAAAGCUUUCUUCUUUCUUUUUUAGUGGCUUCUUCAGGCCAUAUUUGUUUGUUAGAGCUCUAGGAUUUCACUCAAAUUUGUGCAAAAAAUAAAAAAUAAAAAUAUGGAGAAUGUCUCUGCAAUAACAGAUGAUGAAGAGAGGAUGGAAUUGCCACCUGGGUUCAGGUUUCAUCCAACUGAUGAGGAGCUUAUUACUUAUUACCUGAACCCAAAAAUUGUUGAUAAUGGUUUCAUCUCCAGAGCAAUUGGAGAGGUGGACUUAAACAAGGUUGAACCUUGGGAUUUACCAUGGAGAGCGAAAAUGGGUGAAAAGGAAUGGUAUUUUUUCUGUGUCAGAGACAGAAAAUAUCCAACAGGGUUGAGGACGAACAGAGCAACAGAGGCUGGAUAUUGGAAGGCAACUGGGAAAGACAAGGAAAUUUUCAGAGGAAAAACACUUGUUGGGAUGAAGAAAACUCUGGUUUUCUACAAAGGCAGAGCUCCCAGAGGACAAAAAACCAAUUGGGUGAUGCACGAAUACAGAGUUGAGGGCAAGAAUUCUUACCACGGAAUCUCCAAAUCUGCAAAGAAUGAAUGGGUAAUCUGUAGAGUGUUUAAAAAGACUUCAGGAGGGAAGAAGAUACAUAUUUCUGGGUUAGAGAGGUCAAUCAAUAACGACGGUGACGAUUCCGGCUGUUCUGAAUUGCCGCCAUUGAUGGAGUUAUCCUCUGAUGAAGCUCAAACAAGAAUUAUUGGAACUGAUCAGCCAUCCCAGAUGGCCUGUUUUCCAAACCAAAUGGAAAUGGAAGACCAAAAGCCUCACCAUAUUCCUACAAACAACAAUAACCCUUCAUUAAUAGCUUCUUCAUCAUCCCCUGCUUCCUUUCAGUUCCCAAAACUGUCAACUCAGAAUUCGUAUUUUUCAUCUCAGUUCUUACCGUACACAGAAACCUUGCACUUUCCCGAUUCCAUUUACAUGCAGGAUCAAUCCAUUCUGAAGCUUCUGCUUGAGGACUAUGGACCAAACGUCCGGCAUCAUGCCAAAACGGAGAUGUCUCAGGACACGGACACGUCAUCUUCCGACCAUGGAACUGAUUUCAAGCCUCAUGGCUACCAAGAUUGUCCAAUCCCUACAGUUGGGCAGGUGGACCUUGAUUAUCUCUGGAAUUAUUGAUUAUAUUAUCAUGGUUUUUCAGACCAUUAAAAAAAUGAAAAAACAGAGCCGGUGGAGAAAGAAAAAAAAAAUAGAUAGAAAGAAUUAGUUAGAUUAGUGAUAUUUGGGGGGUAAAAGGUAAAAACUAAAAAGCUGUGACUCUGUGUACAUAAAUUGUUUUUUUUUUUUUUUCUGCAGUCAAUUGAAGUAUUGUUAUUUUUUGGUGUCAUUAUUUGGAAGAAAGGAUUGAGAUGUGGCCUGUAAUAAUUAAGCAACGUAAGCCGCCAUUUCAAAUCAAUCUUUUAGAGUUUGCCUCGCCGCAAAGAUUCCAUAGCUUUCAUGUAAUGCAGGUUUUUUUUUUUUUUUUUUUUGGUUUAUAUAUCCAUCGGAGAAAUGACCAUUUCAUUCCGGC